AUGGCCCCAUCUUUGCAAUACUUCAAGGAGGCGUCCGCAGCGAAGCUAGAGCUUUACGCCGACAACAAGGAUAUCUUUAUUGGAGAUGUAGUCACAAGCAUUACAGAUGACCCGCAAGCUCCGAUUACAAGUGGCUUCUUCGAUGUGGAAAAAGGUGCCAAGUCUACCGCAACAUUCGGGUUCUCCGAGGUCAAAUAUGUCAUCUCUGGAGAUAUUGUAUUCUCAGAUGGCAAUGGUCAACGAGUUGUGGCUAAGGCUGGGGAGGUGGUGUAUAUUCCCAAGGGUGCAACAAUCACCUUCGAGAGCGAACAAGGAGGCAAAGCUUUCUAUGUCGCUCAGAGACUUCUGAACCAAGCGAAGAGAGCGAGCUUCACAUCUCGGCUGUGA